AUGCCUUCCAACAAGUCGUUCAGAACUAAGGUCAAGCUCGGCAAGAAGCAAAAGCAGAACCGCCCCCUUCCCCACUGGUUCCGCAUGAAGACUGACACCAAGAUCCGCUGGAACGCCAAGAGACGCAACUGGCGCCACACCAAGCUCAACAUCUAA